AUGGCAGAUGUGGCACUGGAGGAGCUUCGGAAGCUUGAGUACCUUUCCUUGGUCUCGAAGGUUUGCACAGAGCUUGAUAACCAUUUGGGCAUUAAUGACAAAGAUUUAGCUGAAUUUAUCAUUGACCUUGCAGAGAAGUUUCCUUCUUAUGACACUUUUAAAUCUGCUCUGGAAAAGAAUGGUGCAGAAUUCACAGAUUCUCUUAUUAGUAAUUUACUGCGGUUGAUCCAGACAAUGAGGUGUCCAGCUAAACCAUCUACAAGUAAAGAAACUGUAAAGGUAAAAAAUGAGAAAGAGAAGAUAAGAGAAUUAUUUCCAGCACUUUGCAGACCAGACAAUCCAAAUGUUCGCACCAUGCUUGAUCCAGAAGAUCUGAAGGUGGCAGCAGAUACUUUGAAAGAACUAGAAGCUCUAAUGCCUAGUGCAAUCAUUCAAGAAAAGGAAAAGAGUAGUAAACACAAAAAUAAGAAAAAAAGAAGUCGCAGCCGAGACAGAGGUCGGAAGAGUCGCAGCAGAGACAGAAGUCGGAAAAGCCGUAGUCGCAGCAGAGACCGAAGACGGAAAAGCCGCAGUCAUAGUAGAGACAGAGGACGGAAGAACCGCAGUUGCAGCCGAGACAGAGGUCACAAAAGAAAGGAUAGAUCCCGUUCCAGAUCCAGAGACAGAAAAAGAAUGAAAAGUCCACACAAGUCAAGGAGUCGAAGCCCCAUCAAGAACCGGGAGCAGCACUCUGAAAGGUUUAAUGAUCGUUGGAGGGAGAAACAUGUAGACAGGCCGCCCCCUGAAGAGCCAGCCAUUGGUGAUAUCUAUAAUGGCAAAGUCACCAGCAUUAUGCAGUUUGGUUGUUUUGUUCAGCUGGAAGGCCUAAGAAAACGUUGGGAAGGAUUGGUACACAUUUCGGAGCUGAGGAGGGAAGGUCGUGUGGCUAAUGUUGCUGAUGUAGUAAGCAAAGGCCAGAGAGUGAAGGUCAAGGUACUUUCCUUCACUGGAUGCAAAACUAGCCUCAGUAUGAAGGAUGUCGAUCAGGAUACAGGGGAAGACUUAAAUCCCAACAGACGGAGGAACCUUGUAGGUGAGAACAAUGAAGAGGCUUCAAUGAGGAAUCCAGACAGACCCAGCCACCUUUCUUUGGUAAAUGCUCCUGAAGUAGAAGAUGAUACUUUGGAAAGAAAACGUCUCACCAAGAUUUCUGACCCAGAAAAGUGGGAAAUUAAACAGAUGAUUGCGGCCAAUGUCCUUUCCAAAGAGGAGUUUCCUGAUUUUGAUGAGGAGACUGGUAUCCUGCCCAAGGUGGAUGAUGAAGAAGAUGAAGACCUGGAAAUUGAAUUGGUGGAAGAGGAGCCCCCAUUCCUCAGAGGACAUACAAAACAGAGCAUGGACAUGAGCCCCAUCAAAAUAGUGAAGAACCCCGAUGGUUCUCUUUCCCAAGCAGCCAUGAUGCAAAGUGCUUUAGCUAAAGAAAGAAGAGAAGUUAAACAAGCACAGAGGGAAGCUGAAAUGGAUUCUAUCCCCAUGGGACUGAACAAACACUGGGUGGACCCUUUGCCUGAUGUUGAUGGCCGACAGAUUGCUGCUAACAUGAGGGGUAUUGGAAUGAUGCCAAAUGAUAUUCCAGAAUGGAAAAAGCAUGCAUUUGGUGGCAACAAGGCCUCUUACGGAAAGAAGACUCAGAUGUCAAUUAUUGAGCAAAGAGAGAGUCUCCCCAUUUACAAGCUAAAAGACCAGCUGGUGCAGGCUGUUCAUGACAACCAAAUACUUAUAGUAAUUGGAGAAACUGGCUCUGGAAAAACCACUCAGAUCACUCAGUAUCUAGCAGAAGCUGGCUACACGACGAGGGGGGAAGAUUGGCUGUACCCAGCCCAGAAGAGUGGCUGCCAUGUCUGUUGCCAAAAGAGUGUCUGAGGAAUAUGGCUGCUGUUUGGGGCAGGAGGUGGUUUAUACAAUUCGAUUUGAAGAUUGCACAAGCCCAGAGACUGUCAUCAAAUAUAUGACAGACGGUAUGUUGCUAAGAGAGUGUCUUAUUGACCCAGAUUUGACCCAGUAUGCCAUUAUCAUGCUUGACGAAGCACACGAGAGGACCAUCCACACAGAUGUCCUGUUUGGGCUUUUAAAAAAGACUGUGCAAAAACGUCCAGAUAUGAAACUUAUUGUUACAUCAGCAACACUGGAUGCUGUGAAGUUCUCUCAGUAUUUCUAUGAGGCUCCAAUUUUCACCAUCCCUGGUCGAACAUACCCUGUAGAGAUUCUUUACACUAAAGAACCUGAGACAGAUUACCUGGAUGCCAGCCUUAUCACAGUUAUGCAGAUUCAUCUGACAGAGCCACCAGGGGAUAUCUUGGUUUUUCUGACUGGACAGGAAGAAAUUGACACAGCCUGUGAAAUCCUGUAUGAAAGAAUGAAGUCUCUUGGUCCAGAUGUGCCUGAACUGAUCAUUCUCCCUGUGUAUUCUGCUUUGCCAAGUGAGAUGCAGACAAGAAUCUUUGAUCCAGCACCCCCAGGAAGCAGAAAGGUUGUCAUUGCAACCAAUAUUGCUGAGACAUCACUAACCAUUGAUGGAAUCUACUAUGUGGUGGACCCUGGCUUUGUAAAGCAGAAAGUUUACAACUCUAAAACUGGCAUUGAUCAGCUUGUUGUUACACCCAUCUCACAGGCACAAGCCAACAACGUGCGGGAAGGGCAGGAAGAACAGGCCCUGGGAAGUGCUACAGACUUUACACUGAGCGGGCCUAUCGUGAUGAGAUGCUUACUACCAAUGUACCUGAGAUCCAGAGAACAAAUUUGGCUAGCACUGUGUUAUCACUUAAGGCUAUGGGGAUCAAUGAUUUGUUAUCUUUCGACUUCAUGGAUGCUCCACCUAUGGAAACUCUCAUCACAGCUAUGGAACAGUUAUAUACACUUGGAGCACUAGAUGAUGAAGGCCUACUUACACGUCUAGGGAGAAGAAUGGCAGAGUUUCCCCUGGAGCCCAUGCUAUGUAAAAUGCUCAUCAUGUCUGUACAUCUUGGCUGCAGUGAGGAGAUGUUGACCAUUGUAUCUAUGCUCUCUGUUCAGAAUGUGUUCUACAGACCUAAGGACAAGCAAGCACUUGCAGACCAGAAGAAGGCUAAGUUUCACCAGACAGAAGGAGACCACCUGACAUUGCUGGCUGUUUACAACUCUUGGAAGAACAACAAGUUUUCCAACCCCUGGUGCUACGAAAACUUUAUUCAAGCUCGUUCAUUGAGGCGUGCUCAAGAUAUUCGUAAACAAAUGUUGGGCAUAAUGGACAGACAUAAACUGGUUGUGUCCUGUGGUAAAGCAACAGUAAGAGUGCAGAAAGCUAUAUGCAGUGGUUUCUUCCGAAAUGCAGCCAAGAAGGAUCCUCAGGAAGGCUAUAGGACUCUCAUAGACCAGCAAGUGGUCUAUAUCCACCCAUCCAGUGCUCUAUUCAACCGACAACCAGAGUGGGUUGUAUACCAUGAGCUUGUCUUAACCACCAAGGAAUACAUGCGGGAAGUGACUACUAUUGAUCCCCGUUGGCUAGUGGAGUUCGCUCCAGCUUUCUUCAAAGUCUCUGACCCAACUAAGCUCAGCAAACAGAAGAAACAACAGCGGCUGGAGCCCCUUUACAACCGCUAUGAGGAGCCCAAUGCCUGGAGAAUUUCCCGUGCCUUCAGACGGCGGUGA